CGAAUCCUGUCUGAAAGCUGUAGUGCGCGUUUGCGUAAACAAAUUGGAAUGGAAUGAAAGAGAAGAGGAAAGAGAAGAGCAAUAACUGAUCUGGCUUCUGCAACACCUCCAUCUCUUUGCAGAAAUACGAGCCCAAAGGUUUCAUCGCCGAGAUCGCGAGCGAACGCCGUCGGGAGCCGAGGGUGUCCGUGCCGUUGUUCCUGGAGGAGGUGCCCUACAGCCGCAACACACUCCCUCCGCUCGUGUCUGUCGAAGUAAGGACCUCCACCAGCCACUACCCUGUGAAUGGGUUGGAGGUGGCCGCCCUCAUCCACACAGCCUGCCAUGUCUCCUUCAUAUCAGCGACGCUCGUGGGAGAACUUUCUAUGAGACAGGACGUCAUCCCAGACACCUCGGUCCCGCCCUCGCCGCUCUCCUCGGGUACGGGAGUGCCCUGGUUGGUAGAGGGCAAAUUGCGCUAUGUAGAACUGUCUCUCAGGGGUUCGAAACACGUCACGCAGCUGCAUGUUGCUCGCGACCUUCCCUCGGACCUGGUGCUCGGGGUCGACUUCCUCAAGAAGGCUCAGGUUCGAGUCAACUUCCCGGAGAACUGCAUCUUCCUGCCCAACGGCGGACAGGAGACCAAGGUGUCCUUCCUCAGCAACAAGGAAAUGAACCAACACCAGCGCCGCUCGAACGCCAACGCCACCACCACGCCCGCGAAGACCAGAGCGUAUUCCUCGAACUACUGACAGGAGAACGAUCUCCCCGGCCUUCACCAGUACAAGGACGCCCUUCCGCCUUCGCUGUCAGGAAAGGGGAAAUCUUAGGCUUUUGCUGACGAUGUAUUUCGUUCAGCUUAAUGGAAGGAAAUUCGAACUCAUGCCACCGAUGUGUGCCUUGUCGUAUGUACUACUCUUCUCAGCGCUCGCUUGAACACUAAGAAUAAGAGCAAAUUUCUUUGGAUUGCAGUCAAGAUACACGUGGUUAUUCAGGUCUUUGAAAUACAUUGGAAAAAGCAAGAAAAGAAGUGCAUUCUAUGUGAACCCAGAGAAUAAAUAAUGUCAUGCGAAAUAAAGAUUAAGAAUAUACAGUUAUGA